AUGAAUAUUUCGUUGAAGGGAAAUUCCGGUUGUCAUCAGUUGUGCACCAUGUGGGCGGAUGUUGCGGCCAGCAUGCUCUACGCCUUUGGAUCUAAUGGGCGGGGGCAGUUAUCUCUCGGUCAUCUCGAGGACGCCCAUACACCUACCCCCUGUCUAAUUCCCUCGCUUCUUCCGUCCGUUCCACCAUGUGUGAUCGCGGCUGGUGGGAAUCAUACUGUUCUUCUCUUCCCAUCUGGCGAAUGCUUUGCUGCGGGAGAUAAUACCGGAAACCAAUGCUGCCUUCCUUCGGCUACCUUCCCCUCGCUAACUGCCUUUCAUCCUAUCAGCAGUUACCACCGGUGGGAACACGUUUCUGCAGGCUGGAGUUUCACAGUUCUAAUUGACUAUGAAGGGAAGAUAUUUGUUUCUGGAAAAGGCCAGAAAGGAGAAUUAGGACUCGGCGAGGAUCGUCACGACGCAUUAUUGGAGGAAAUUGCCGACUUUUCACCUAGAAAAGUGAUCCAGGUGGUGUCUGGCAUGGCACAUACACUCCUAUUAACAGCGUCCGGGGAUGUAUGGGGCUGGGGUGCUGGACGAAAAGGCCAACUCGGGGAACCUACCCAAUCGAUAGUAUCCAGACCUAGGAAGGUAGAAGUUGGAUUCCCUGUCAGCAAGUUGGAUUGUGGAAAGGACUUCAGUAUCCUCGUGAGCAGAGACAACCCCCAACACAUAGCAAUUCUAGGGAACGAUAGAUACCGAAUAGGGGAUUCACUCGCAUCAUGGUCUGGAGCUGAAAUACUCGACAUCCAAGCUUCGUGGAACGGUGUCUACCUACUUGAAACCUCUGGCACUAUCAACGCAUGGGGAAAGAAUGACAAAGGCCAACUCCCACCCCCGAGCCUCGAGGGUAUAACGGACAUAGCGGUGGGCAGUGAACAUGCUCUUGCUAUCGCAGAGGACAGAACCACAAAAGAAAGAAAAAUAAUAACAUGGGGCUGGGGAGAACAUGGCAAUUGUGGGAAGCCCGGGGGUGGUGAUGUUAUUGGCGAGGUUUUUUCCCUAGAUAUUCCAGCUCCUAGGAAUGUACGGAUCGGAGCAGGAUGCGCGACUAGCUUCGUUUGGGUGGAGGAAUAACUUCUGGUUUUGGUUUAUGAUGCUAUGAUAUCGAGGUUUGGGGCUCGGGUGCAGUUAUUAGCUUAAUUCCCAAAAAAAAAACUUGUUCCUUUUUGGCGAUAUCUAAA